CAACUCUUUAACGGUUGGCUCGGGCCUUCGGGUUCCCAAGACACUGGGGGGCGAUCAGCAGUCGUCUGUCGAGGCAGCCCAUCCCAUCCCAUCCCAUCCGAUGCUCAAAUCCGUCCCUCAUUCAUCCUCUUUGCUUCCCUAUUUCUCAUGUUUCUCCCCCCCGUGUCUAUUCCUGGCUCUCCUCCUCCUGGCUCUCCUCCUCUCGGCUCCUCUUUCCUGGUUCCACAACGUCAAACCGCCCUGCCUUCACCCUCGCCUCGACGCCGGAUGCUGGCCCACCGUCCCCGGACUGGCGCCUUGUGAUUGCGCAUUACAACGCUAUUAACGACCCAAACCCACUGUCACUGUCCUCGACGUCCACCUUGCGCGCCCUCAUCCUGUCCUGCCGCAGCUCGCGUUUCGCAACCUCAUCUACCUCAGGUUGACGAUACCCUGUCGACUUCCGACACGUCAGUGCCCAUCAUGCCCGCCAUGCUGAGCGCCGGCUCUCUCCAGCCGCCUAAAACAGGCUCCUCGCGCUGGUCAAAGGCUCUCCCAGAGGUUCCGGGCGUUGACUUUGACGACAUCUAUGACGAAUACUACGACGAGAUUUCCCCCGUGUCCCCCCCAACCAAAAACCUUCCCAGGCUUCCUAUUGUGCCACCGCCUCCUAGGUCGACUAGUAUGGCAAAUGCGAAGCUUCUCCCAGCAUCAUUACCCCCAUUGCAUCUCCUCAACACCUCUGUCAGUCCUUUCUCUGGCCCGCCCAAGAUGGCUAUCCCGCGCCGCCCAGUCGGCCAGCCCUCACGCCUCCCGCAACAACAGGACCAAUUGCCGGCGCAACCUGCAUCGCCCGCUCAGUCUAUUUCCAGCAUCUUGUCUGCAUAUUCGCGAAGCUCAGGCGAGUCUCUGAUCCGGACAUCCGAUGCCACAACCGACACACGUCAGACCGAUGUGAACUCUUCGCCGAGCCACCAAGCUCCACCUGCCAGCACCAAACCGGCGCCGCUUAUUAGUCCCUCCACCGAGCUGAACACCACCACCCAUUUCCCAACCACGCAACAUCAGCAUGUUGCACCGAAGCCUAUUCCUACCUUCGAGAGCAGUCGCCCACCACCACCUCCUCCUACCAAGGACGUCAAAUACGGUCUGCCGGCGUCGCCUGCCGCCGGCCGCAACCCAGCACCGGCCGUCGACUCAUCAUCGCCACCACGGCCUCAAAUUUGGCGUCGUCGAUCCGUCAAGACUGACCGGAGCUUGGAGCUCCCUGACCUGAAACUGAUCAUCAGUCACGGAUCAACUGCUGCAACGCAUCCCGUGGCUCAACCAGUGGACAAGCCCGUGAUCCAACCCGUGACCCAACCGAACCUUCCACAGGGCGCCGUCAAGGUGCCGCCGACCUUGACGUAUCAACAGCCCCAGAGCAACGAGCCCCGGGUCGUUCCCAACCAGGCCGCCCAGUACGCCCCAGCCCCAGCUCCAGCCGCGGCACCGGAGCAGGCACCCGAGACUGAGAACCAAACCAUGGGUAGUGGAAGCUCUAAGAUUAAUCGUCUUAAGGAUAAGCUCCACACUCUUCAUCGCAAGGGCAAGUCUUCGAGUGACACGGCAAGCGAGUCCACCCUCCGACCAGGCGCACAACGGCCCCCGACGCCGGAGUACCAGAAACAAGAUAUCAAGACGCCUAUUGUUGAUGCUUUCAUCUCGCCUUUGUCACCUGCCUCCUCCCCAGAGCCACGAGCAGAGGUGUCCCCGGAAUUGCCCAAGGAACUUCACAAGGAACUCCCUAGGAACCCCUCUCAGGCGUCUGCACGGGUGGUUUCCCCCAUUUCACCUUCAACCGACUCCAAGGUCUUCGCUCGCAAGGCAUUGCCCCCACUCACACAACAUCUUGGCGAAACCAAGCCUCUGCCGGAACCGAAAGAGGUCCCUCAGGUCACCGCCCCUCCACAGGUGAACAAUGAAGCUAAACCACUCCCGAACCCAAAGCUUGGAGUCGUGGCCGAGGCCGAGUCUCCAGUGACCGGCUCCUUGCCGCCGUUAGCAACGGAUGAUGUUCGACUGCUAACCUCUGCUAUCGAAUCCCCGGCUAGUCGCACGUAUCAUUCUGCCGAUGUCCCCACCAAGUUUCCCCCGCGAGGUUCGUCUGUACGAUCCAAUGCGCCUAAACUGUUGGAGCAGUCACGGCAACCCGCAGCAGAGUUGGACCCGAGAUUCGGCCCGGUUGAGCCUCAAGGGUUUCUCUAUAAAGGUCGAGACGGAACGUUAUAUCCCGAGAUGAAGGUCACACGUGAGGCUGAUCCACAGGCGACCUACUUCCCCAGGCAGGCAAAUGACAUCGUUUCAGAUGGUGAAAUUUUCAAAGCAAUGCCACUGAAGGACUCUCACUUCCGCUGCUACCAGGCGCACCGAACAAUGAACCGACGAAGCAACAGGAAUUACCCACUCACAUGCCAGAGUUGCGAGAAGCCGGACGCCGAAGACCGGUGGACCUGCACGUUCUGUCACCUGCGAGUCUGUGAAUCGUGCUUCACGACACUCAAUGCACAGCAGAGAGACCUACGCUAUCUGGUCGAAGACUUGAGGCAAAAACUCUCAACCUAGACACCAUCCUCGGAGAACUAGGGGCCUCCUGGGUACCCAUUGACACAAUCCUUAACUUUAUCCUUCUUAUCUUGUCCACUUUACACCCAAACCACAUUUUUUCCUUUAUCAAAGCAUAGAACGCGCUCACAGGACUGGAUCACGGUUGCAUGUAUCAUACGAGGAGUGAGCAAAAAACGGCUGUACGGGAAACAUAGAAGGCCCAUUGGGGAUAUUUCUUUGAAAGUUUGACGAUACCAAUCUUCAACCCUCGGCGCACAUGGCUCGCUGGGGGUGAAUGGGAGCGCUGGCCUGUAGUUACACGGGAGAAUAUUUGAACAGCGCUGAGAUUGAUCUCACGAUGACGGCCAUUUUCUUUACGGGUUCUUUUAGGUACAUUAUAUUUUGCGGCGUCCUUGAAGGGACGACCUGCGCUGUUGAUCUGGUA